GCUUCCUGAUGAAGUUGGGUCUCCACAAGCGAAGCAGCAGGAAACUUACCAUGAGGGAAAUCUUGGAAGUCAACUCAGAAAGCCUCACAACCAUGACUCCUCAGACAACAGAAGAUUUACCAUGGCACUUCUUGAGAAAACUGAUGGCCCUCAGUGGGACAGCCAGAAAUACAGGCCUUAUACACCAGGAUGAGGAAGAUUCAGACGAGGAGGUUGAUAUGGAUGAUGACGGGUUCUUUCUGAGGGGAAUGGACUCUGGGGGUUCUAUAAACCCCCUUGAUGUCCUUUGUGCUGUUUUGCUUUGUUCUGAUAGCUUCCUUCAGCAGGAGAUCUUCCUCAAAAUGUCCAUGUGCCAGUUUGCCCUCCCUUUGAUCUUGCCACCUCCCAAGUGCACCUUUAUGCUCUGGGCCAUGAGGGAUAUUGUGAGAAAAUGGAGGCCUCACUUCCUGGCAGAGAAGAGGGGCUUUAGAGAGGAGAGUCUGGUGCGAACCUCCAUGCCAACCAUUUCCUUUGUGCGGAUGGGCACAUCCAGCCUCUCCAAAUCUAGGCUUCUCAAUGAGGUCCUCAGCUCCCCUCAGCAGCACCACGACUUCUUUGUCCACAGGGACAUGGAGUGUGGGAGCGUACCACGAGAGAUCAGCAAUGGGCUGAUAGAAAUCUCCUGGUAUUUUCCUGGAGGGAGGGAAAGUUCAGAUCUUUUCCCAGAGCCUGUGGCAGUUACAAAUCUCCGUGGGGACACUGAGUCACACUGGUUGCAGUUCAGCUUUUUAACAGAGGUCUCAUCGGCUGUGUUCAUCAUUACAGAGAACAUGUCUGAAAAACAGUAUGACAUGCUAGCAACUCUCCAGGGUUCAGCAUCUAAAUACUAUUUUAUCUUGAAUGUUGAUGGUGAGAAAUCAAAGGAAACCCUGAGGUUCCUAAACAAACUCGCACCGUUGCUGAGCGUGACCAAAUCACAAAUAUUCGUGAAAGAAAAGAACAAAAAUACCACAGAAUUUGUAAACAAAAUCCGGUCGACCAUAAGGAACAUUGUGAGCUCUCCUCAAAAGGUGAUCAGUAUUGAAGAAAUGGCAACUGUCAGCCAAGAACUGAGAAUCCAGACUGAUGAAGAUAGAAAGGACUGUCAGAAUGGAAUUUUGCAUGCCAAUGAAAUUAUUGAAGAAAUAGAAGAUGUUGUCUCCUACAAGAAGAAAAUGCUGAAACUUCAGGGGGACUUGUGGAGAAACCUGGCCAAAGUGGAGAAAGAACUAUGCAGGAUGAAAAAGCAAGCUGAUACCCCAGCUGAAGAUUACAAAGCCCACCUAAGAGAAAAACUGAUAAGCCUACGUUCUCAGCAGAAUCAGUGUGACCUCACCAACGGAAUAACAAAGUUUAUUAAUGGAAUACAACAGCUUCAACCAGCGGAGAAAUGUUAUUUCCUAAAAUGGCUGAAGUUCAACCUGGACUGCGUCGCUAGGGCAAACCUGUCAAAAUUAAGAGACAAGUAUAAAGAACAUUAUCACACCACUGAAAACGAUCCACGACAGCUGGCACAGCUGGAUGAAUUGAUUUCCAGCAGUUCCUUAGGUGUGGAACACUUCAUGCGUGAGUUGGGGCAGUUUUAUGAAGCAGAGUACACAAUGGUGAAGGAAGGUAAGAUUAUCGAGAAACACAGACAAUUCAUACAUUUACCAGGAAUAGCUGCUGACCUGAUGUUGGAAGGGUUUCCAAUGGAAUUGAUUGACGGGGAUGCAUCUAACAUCCCCCUGCAAUGGAUAACAGAUGUUUUGAAUGAACUUCAUGCCAAACUCAGGGGCAAAUCCAGGAUGAAAGUUUUAACAGUUCUGGGUGUUCAGAGCACUGGCAAAUCCACCCUUCUUAAUACUAUGUUUGGGCUGCAGUUUGCAGUCAGCAGUGGCCGAUGUACCCGAGGGGCAUUCAUGACACUCCUAAGAGUCUCGGAGAACUUUCAGCAAGAACUCAGUUGUGAUUUCAUCCUGGUGAUAGACACUGAAGGCUUGAAAGCCCCUGAGCUGGCCAAACUGGAGGACAGCUAUGAACAUGACAAUGAGUUGGCCACCCUGGUGAUCGGAUUGAGUGACGUAACUCUUGUGAACCUGGCCAUGGAGAAUGCCACUGAAAUGAAGGACAUCCUGCAAAUUGUAGUCCAUGCAUUUCUGAGGAUGGAAGAAACCGGGCACAAACCCAAUUGCCAGUUUGUCCACCAGAAUGUCAGUGAUGUUUCUGCCCAUGAUCAGAAUAUGAGGGAUAGGAAAUUCCUCCUGGAACAGCUCAACGAAAUGACGGGAGCUGCAGCAAGAAUGGAGAAACAAUUCAGGGAAGUUUCAUUUUCAGAUAUUAUGGAAUACAAUCCAGAAAAACACAACUGGUACAUCCCCGGCUUGUGGCAUGGAGUCCCACCCAUGGCUCCAGUAAAUAUGGGAUACAGUGAGUGUGUGUCAGAUUUGAAAAGAUCCCUGUUUGAAUUUAUGAGAACCUGCUCCCAAAGCAGAUGUUCCAAAGACAUCCCCCAGUUUGUUGAAUGGGUCAGAAGCCUGUGGAACGCUGUAAAGCAUGAAAAUUUUAUCUUCAGCUUCCGUAACAGCCUUGUAGCUGAUGCUUAUAACCAACUCUCAGUGAAGUAUUCAGAAUGGGAGUGGGAUUUCCAGAAGGAGAUGCAUCUAUGGGUGUCCAAAGCUGAUACUACAAUUCAGAAUCAAUCCCUGGAAGAUAUAGAGGCUGGUGCAUUAGAUAAACUGAGACUUGAAGCCAAUCAGAAAUUGCACAAUGGCCAGCAAAAAAUAAUACAGUGCAUACAGAACUAUUUUGAGAGUGACAGAGAGAGCUUGCAUCUCAUAGAAAAGUACCGAGAAGAUUUCAUCCGGAGUGCGAAAAGUCUCCGGGAGCAGCUGGAAAUCUAUUCCAUUAGCAAGUGUCAGCAGGCCAUCCUCAUACGCAAGGGACAGAGUAAGAUAGACAGUCUUCAGGCUAGGUACAUGAAAACCAUGGAAGGGAAGGUAAACAAGCUCCUGGAGGAGUGUAAAAGGAAGCAGUGCAAACUGAAUAUCAAGGGAUUGAAUCGGGAAUUUGAGAAAAUGUGGAAGGAAAGCUUACUGGAGUUGCCACCUAGCAACUUAACCCGUCGUGACAUUUAUGCAGAUGUCCACUUUCAGCUCAGAAAAGACCUUGAAUCACGUGGCGGCCUAGCCAACCAGAUCUUCCAGAAGUUACCGUGCUUUUCAGCUUGUCACAGGAGUCCUUUCGUUGUGAAAGAUUGUUAUCUAGAAAAAUCAUUAAUGAAAGCAUUAAAAGAUCUAUUUUUUAAGGACGUUAUUAAACAAGAACUACAGGAGUACGCCAACUCCUUGAUUUGCGUAUGUAGCAACUAUGUCACGGAGAAAAUCAGCACAAAAGGAGAUUAUGAUGAAACCUAUUGCCGUGAGUUGCUGAGACUGGUCAAUAAAAGGUUUCUAGGAAAAGAUUUUCAAAAACUUCCUGCUACCAUUUAUUUUGAAGUGGAUGUGAAAUAUUUCAUUCUGGGAGAUGCAGCGGAUGCUUUUCAGAAGAUGCAUAUCAAAUUCUUCGAGGUUAACAACCCUCACCGGCGUCUAGAAAAACUCAAACCUCAGUAUUUCUCCACCUUCAAAGACCUUUACUAUGAGAAGGACGCUUGUCAGAAGAGAGCCAAGGAUUUUUGCCAUCUGUGUCUGAAACCAGCUCUGGUGGACCAUCUCUACAAGAGGCUGGGGAUAGAAAUAGUAGAUGAUCUCCUCAGCAGUGGGCAAUCCAUCCAGUAUGGAAGCAGGAGCUUCUUUCAGUUCACAGUGCAGAAGACAUUGCUAGAAGAAGGAAAUUUUGAUAACUAUGUCAAGUAUAUAAACAAUUAUGAGGAAUUUGUGAAAUCUUGGAUACAGGCACACCUGUUAGACCAUUACAGUCAGAGAGAAGAUUUAGCUGUCUUGGAGAGAGAAAUCCUAUCUACUGCAAUGAAGAAAGCAAAAGAGGUUCUGGAGAAGUAUGAGAACCAAACUGGGACGCUAGUCGAAUUCUUGGAGUAUUUUUGCCAGGAGAUGAGUGAAGAGCUUGUCCUUUCCAAGGAUACUUUGGAUGUCAUCCUGUUCAACAACACUGCCAAAGCCGGAUCCUUCUCAACUGAGAUACAGGCCUGUAUCCCUACAAUGAUAGAAGAUAUCCUUUCAGGGAAUUUUAUGAUGAGCGUUGAAGAGAUACUUUCAAACAUUCCCUUAAAGCCCCAGGAUGAAAUCUUCAAGCGUGUAUUCGGCUGUGGGAAGCAGUGCCCCUUCUGCAAAGUCCCCUGUGAAGCCGGAGGCAGCAGUCACCAAGAACAUUUUGCAUCAGUCCAUCGACCUGAAGGUUUAGGACAGUAUCGUGACAUUAAAACAAACGUACUUGUUUAUUCCCUAUGCUCUUCUAGUGUCAGUUCGAAUGCACUGUUUAGGAAUCUGGAUACAGCUGGAAAAUUGCAUCCUUAUAAAAACUAUCGCGAGUACUAUCCUGACUGGCGCAUCCAGCCUGAUGUUAGCAUCGCAGCCUCAGAUUACUGGAAAUUUGUGUUCAAAGAGUUCAAUCAGCGGUUUGCAAAAAAGUACAAAGCUCUUCCUGCUGAUCUCCCCGAGGACUGGAAAAGAUUAACCAAACAGCACGCACUGGAAAGCAUCCAAGAAGCCUUUAAUAUGAAAUAACACUCUUUUCAGCUACUCCCAAAUGCCUGGAAGUACUUCUAUAGCUGACAAAAAUGACCACAGCCUUAAGAUUUAUAUCGCUUUGAGCUGGCACUGAUUUUUCUUGCAAUUAUGGGGGACCAUAAUUAUGGGGGACCGCCCUCCCCGUGAAAACAGGGAGGGCAGAAUAUAAAUGUAAUAAAUUAAAUUAAAUUAAAAAUUAAAUUAAAUUAAAAAUGACUUUUGUAAGCCCAGACUGGAAAGUUAGGCGUAGUCUGUUUCUGGAACUAGAAGGAUUUUAUAGAUAUAAUAAUGUAUGGGAAACACAAUGCCUUGAAAGAAAGCUAAUAAUCCAAAAUGCAAUGAGAUUGACUCCCCUCUUAUUUGGGAAAAAUCACAACAGGACAAUUUGGGGAAAAUCCAGGUGAGAGUUAGUGGUCUUCCAGUAUUGCCUCCAAACUGGUCUGAAUCUUAGAUAAUCACAAUGAAGAUUAUAUUGUAGAUCCUAUCUAGCAAUAAAACAAGCCUAGGGAGUCAGGUUCCAUUAGGGCCAUGUGUGCCUGAUGCUCCUAAACAAUCACAGAUAACGGCUGUUGAAAAAUGUUGGCAGAAUCUGGAUAUCUGAAAUGAGUUAAAAACUAAUUGGUUAGUUCACAGGACAAGUCUAUCUAGCUUAUUCAGAAGGUGAAUUAUUAAUGUUAUUUACUGCCAUUCUAUUGUUUAAUGUGCACAAUAAAGCCCUUGCUCUUGUAAUAAUAGUCACUGCCGUCCUUUGUUCCCCCAAACUUGUUUUACUAGAGUCAACUCUGCAUACUGAUGUCCCUGAAUUCUGUUUAAAUAGUUGAUCUUAUGAGCUUUACUCUCCUUCCGGUGGACACUCUUUUUAAAUAUUUGCAUUUGUUCAAUAAACACUUUCUUAAUUUGUGCA